AGAGAGGACUUGACAAUCGUGGAAUAAUUUGGCUAUAUUCCAUCGCCAAAUAGUAUUCACGCUUGUAAGCCAAAAUCAUUUGAGACAACAACUUCGAGCAUGAUAGUAGGCUUGAAAUGGUCACAUUAGGAGAAAUCUAUCUUUUUCUUUCAUGAUUGACAUUGUAACUCUUAUAUUUGACUCCUAGUUUAGUUUUUUUAUCUAAUAUAUUUUAAGUUACAAAAUUUUUUAUAAAAAUUUUAAAAAUGUUUCCUGAUUAAUUUAGAAGAGUGUCAAUCAUAAAAAUAAUGAUAUGGAAAAAAGUAAAAAAUAAAAUAAUUUAUAAACUGAGUUUGAUAAAAACGAGGAUAGUGGGAAAGAGCUGGAAUAAUAUGAAAGAAACAAAAAAGAAUUACUCCGUAAAAAUUAAGAGUUUAAGCUUUAAAGUACAAUUAUGAUUUAUCUAAUUUGUAGUGGGCGGUGACUACCUCUUCACGCAGGCGUCGAUGCUUUUCUCAAUGAACAGGAAGGAGGGAGGAUCAAGGUCUAGCCAAAUCUGUCUGCUUGGCUUCACCGCCGCUUCAUACAGAAGAGCGACCAACAGCGGCGGCGCGGGGAUUGUGCUCCGGUGGGAGAAAAAUGGAAACAGAGAUAGCGGAGAGAAAGAGAGAGGAGUGAGUUGGAGAAGUAUUGUUGGGUGGGGUAUAUGGGAUGGCUAAAUAGCGCCGGUAUCCUUCGUGGUUUGCAAAACAAGCAUCAAUACCCCCUCUGUUUUCAAAACUCAUUUUUAAAGUUCACGCGGUUUCAAAAUGCUGCAUCUGUGCCCCCUCUGAUCAUUUUACGGCUAUUUUUCCGGCGAGGAGGGGGGUAUUGGUGCAUGUUUUUUAAACCAUAGGGGGUAUUAGUGCUGAUUUUUAUUUCUUGCAUAUUUUUUGUUUUUUCUAUUUUUUUCCAUUUUUUCCAUUUUUAUUUCAUUUAUUAAUAAAGAUUUUUUUAUAAU